AUUGAUCGUAAGGAAAUGAUGCAAAAGGAAGUAACACUGCUUCCCAGUGUUAUGUCCCACGCAGAUAAGCAGCGCGUUUACUAAAUUUAAAGCCAGAGAGGGGAAGGAAGCAUGAGAACAAGGUUUCCGCCACACCAAAAACUGUUGGGAUUGAAAAGCCUGUCUUGGGGGAAAAAACAAAGCUCUGUUUCUGUACGUGUGUGAGUCCGUGUGGAGCUCAAGAACUAGCUCAUGGUGGGAAAAUGGCACUAAAUGAAACAAAUGCAUUUUUGGAAAUAUUAAAAUCAUUUAAUGUUGGUGAUAUGAUUCUAGCCUUCUGUUUGUCUAUUCUCGUGGGCCUGCUGCUGGGAGCUUUGAUCUACGUUUUGUUGACCUGGGCAUCAAGACGCCGGGCUACGGCCAGGAUCACAAGGCGCUCCAAGAAAAAAUCUGGCAGUUCGCGACGUGACCCCACGGGCAGCCAGUUUGGCCUUUACCGAAGCACUUUCCUGAGUGUUUAUAGGCAGCCCUCUCUAGAGCCGGUGGGCCCCUUGGGGAGUAAACCCGGCGCAGAGACGUCCACCUUUCGGCCGCUGCCCAAAAAGAGCAGGCCCAGCCUGGACAUGGGAGACGAUACACGGGUAACCAUGUCAGAGGACACAGUGGCCAUGGACUCUUCUGAUUCAGCCUCCCUCGUACCAAGCAAGAGGAAUUCCUUCUGGCUGGGCGGCAACGGGCUUAAAGGUUUCCUUCCCUCACAUACUCCACCUCCUGCAUAUGACAGUGUCAUCCAUGCCUUCGAGGAGACUUGCACUUAAAGCUGUUGGUAUGACAACGAGAACUGAAUCUGCUUUUUUUGUGAAGCAUCCACAGCCUGUUAAAACAGACUACAGUCGCAAUGUUUUUGUAAUAACUGUACAUUUAGUUUGAUUUUUCUUUUAUGAAAAAGUGUUACAGUGGCUCUCGAAAGUCACCUUGGUUAAAAUGUCAGCUUUUAAUUAUGAAAAAAAAUGAGACCAUGAUAAAUCAUUUUAAAACAGUUUUCAAUGUGAAAUGUGACAUUUAUUGCGUGCAAUUCAACUAAAAAAAAACUGGUAGAAGAAAAAAAUCCCCAAAAGCUGCAAAAGCUAGGAUGCAUAACUGUUCACCACGUACUUUGUUGAAUCUAUUUUUCAUAAAAUUUCUGCUUUUAGCCCCUACUGGGAAAUUUUAGGCUAACCAGGAGAAUGUAGAUUGUUGUCACAUGUUGAACAACGAGCACGUGUUCCUACUUUCCCUACAGUGAAAUGUUCAUUUUCCGUUGUAUGAAAUUCAAUACAAAAAAACAUGCAGCUUUUGCAAAUUCACUAUAAUCCCAUAUUUUUACCUAGUUAUUAAUAACUUAUGGUACGUUCACACCAAACGCGUUUUGAGCGUCAGGCGCGUCUGGUUUACGUUCAAAGUCUAUGUGGAGCGUCGGACUCACCUCAAACGCUCCAAAAGGUUCAAAUCGGCCCUCGACGCGCCUCCACAUAGACUUUGAAUGCAAACCAGACGUGCCUGACGCUCAAAACGCGCUUGCUGUGAACGCACCAUAAUUGUGGCUUUAUAGAAAAAAAUGUGGAAAAACAACCUUACUGUUUUCCCUUACAAAUAAGAGCUAAGGUCUUUAUCAGUUUAAUCAGAUUUACUAUAAGUAAUCGUAGCUAUAUACCAUUAAAAAAAUGUAUAAGUUACAUUAAAUUAAGUGUGCUUGAAAUAAAUAUGAUUUAUUUACCUAUGAACAUUUUGAAACUGUUUUUGUUUAGUUUUUCUUUUUCUUGUCACAGAUUUCUUGGUUUUUAGUUGAAUUGAGCAGAAUGAAUGUCACGUUAUGUGAAAAGUUUAAUAGCUGACUUAUAUUUAACCUCAUUUUUCACAUCACAACAUGUUAUAAUUUUAUUGUCUUCAAAUAACUGUUCUAUUUUUUUCUUGGCAAUCCUGAAAAUGUCCAUUUCUUUUAUCAACCCAAAAAUAACACACUAACAUUUUGUGGAAGAAUUAAUGCACAAAAUAUUAACGAUGAUUUAAAAAAAAAAAAAAAUCAUAUUUGCAUGCAAAUUUUUCAAUCUAUAUAAGUUCUAUAUAGAAAUAAAUAGUUGAAGAACGGUUUAUAAAUGUUACGGGUCUUUUGGGACAAUGAAACUGCAAAAGUAAGGAAUAUUUCUUCCAAAGAUGGAUAGGAACAUCUGGGUUCUAACCCUUCUGGUGGGAAGUAAACUCUAUGAGCCACUGCAAACCAUGGAAGUCAAUUCAGUUUUUAAAGUGUUUGGCAGAAUAAAUGCAUAAAUUACACCCUUUUUUGUGAGCUUUAGGCGUUUAGAUGUCAUUCAAGGCAAGUUAAGAAAUAUUAUCAUGUUGCUGUCAAAAGCUGUAUCUUCAACCUACCUCCACUGACGGUCCCUUUCCUUUAAAGUAUUUCCACAUAGCUUUUGCAAAUCAGUGACUACCACACGUGACACGAUCGUUUGCAUCACUUCCUGAAAUAUCGUAGCACCUAAAUCUCAUCAAACACAUAUGUUUGAUUGUUGGGGGGGUUUUAUUACACCGAACAACCCAGAAAUUAUGCUUACUCUUAUUCAAACAAGAGGCCCCAGUGUUUGUAGGAGAAUGAUCUGAAUGGCACCCAUCUGUAAUUUGUUGGUGGGUGGAGUCAGAAGUAACAGACAUAUUGUAAGAACGAUGAAUAAAUACUAUUAAUGAUCUGAUUGUUAGAUUUAUAUUCAAUGUGUGUCCUUUUUACACAGCAUUCGUUUAGUAGUCUUACUAGAAUUUCAAAAAAAGGCUGGUCUUCGGCCUUCUGAUGGUGAAGGCGUUAUGUUGUGUAUUAUAUUUCCUUAUCUUACAGCAGACAGUCACUUUAUUAAGUAUUUCAUGAGCGUGGUCUCCAUAUGUUUUGCAGUACAGUUAUGAAUAAACUGUGUUUAGACCCUGAGGAGUUCCAGUGCUCCAAUGUUUUUGAUGAAAUAAAAAUAUGAAUCUUGACAA